CUCUGCGCCGCUCAAAGCUGCUGCUCCUGCGUCUCCAGACACUUCCUGCACCGAGCCACAGUUUUCACAGCAGCAAGCGACUAUCUGUCGUCGUGAGAGGGGGGACAAGAUGAGGAACAGAGAUCUUCGGGAGGGAACGUGAGGCUCGACUCAAGGACAUUACCAUGACAUAAACCAAGGACCCAACUGGAACUGUGUCCUUGUUUGUCUUUUGUUUUGUUUCUGUUUUUGUUUUUUUUAUUGUCUGGUCUCCACCUGUCUCACUUUGUGUUCACCCUCCUCUUGUUGAGAACACUUAAUGAAGUAAUGCAGGAGCGUUUGGAUGAAACUUUAAUGUAUCACACUACUGUCUAGAGGACUGGCCUAGUCACUCCUCUUGUCUGCCUCCUAUAUAUCACUGAGAUUAAAGAUAGCAAUAGAAGUAUCAAAGGUCUUGAAAAUGCCUCACUUACCAUAUCUUUAUGGCAUUAAUUACAUUUUGGCCAGCACUUACCAUGCAACAUACUUUACAGAGUUCUUUACUUGUGCAUUAAUUUAAUUUAAUUGUUGUAGCCUCAUUGUCUAAACAAGGGGUGUUUGUUUUAUUCAUAGUUAAUGGAUCAGUUUUCAAUGCAACUAAGAGUUUUGUUCUUUCGUGUAAUUAUUUAAAGAUUAGUUUAUUUGUAGCUGCUUGGCUGCCUUAUAUUGUUAUCACAAUAGGUGGCUUUAAUUUGUAAUGUAAACUUAUCUUUUUACUUAUGCAAUCUUUGUGAAGAACACUUUUGUUUUAAAUGACUGAUCUUAUCGUGGGAAAUUACAUUUUGAAGUUGUGUUGUCUUUGAAUAUGUUGAAGUAUUACCUGUCCAGAUUUCAACUGGCAGUAAACUGUGGAAGCUGACAGCUCUUGAGAUCAAACUGUGAUGGGAGUGUGCCACAAAGACUAUAGUAUCUCCCAUCUUCACUGGAUAUAUGCUCCAAACCUUUGAACUGGAAGAAGUCCCUUUUCUUUACAAAUGACGACAUACUUCUGAAGUGGACAGACGGGAACAGAAACUCAGAGCAGAUUUUUCUAAUGUAACAUUGUUUCUUGAAUUCAAGCACUGAAAUGGAAGAAUGAUUUUGAGGAGAUUUCAGGGAUAAAGUUCUCAGACUGACAUUCAAAUAUACAAUUUUCCCUGCAGAUCUUGAAGAGCUACCAAAUCCCACUCUUCAACUGUAGAAAAUACUACCCUCAAACUUGUGAGACGUAAUUUUUCCUGUUAAACCUUCAACAGUGAAGAUGCGAUCCCCAGAACCGUCUUCACCUUCUCCAGCAGAAGCCCUCCUUCAUGGCCAGUUUGCGAGCUGGGGAUCAGGCAGCAACAGCAACAAUAACAGCUGCCCCAACAGCCCUGGUGGUCCAGGUGGACUCUCCCCUGCUGCCUCCCCUACUCCAGCUCCAGUCUCCAACUAUGCCUUGACCCUCACCCACACCCACGUACAUAUCCAGCGCUUAUCACCACGGCUGGGGAAGGAAGCCCGUCUCCUGCUGCCUUUAUCAGAGCUAGUUGGGUGUAGCUGCCCCCGUGCCCCUGCACCCCCUCUCCUGGUGCUGUACUGGUACCCGCCAGGCAAGCGACGGAAAGGGGUGUCCCGGCGCAGGCAGGUGAGGGCCUACCUGGCAGAAAGCAGGCCUGAAGCUGAGAGGUGGUCGGCCGCUGUGCAGUGUUUACUCAGAGGUGUGACCGUCACUGCUGACACAGAAUUUUCAAGAAGUCUGCUACCUCGUCCCAGGCGACUACUGUUAUUGGUCAAUCCCUUCAGCGGGAGAGGCCAGGCGAUGCAGUGGUGUCAGACCCACAUCCUGCCAAUGAUCAGAGAGGCCAACAUCAGCUAUAACCUUAUACAGACAGAGCGUCAGAACCAUGCAAGGGAGCUUAUCAGAGAGAUAUCACUCCCAGAGUGGGAUGGCAUCAUCAUUGUUUCUGGAGAUGGCUUGUUGCAUGAGGUCAUUAACGGGCUGAUGGAGCGUCCUGACUGGGAACAAGCAAUAAAAACACCUGUCGGCAUUCUGCCUUGUGGCUCCGGGAAUGCACUGGCUGGCUCUAUCAACCACCAUGCAGGGUAUGACAUGUGCCUUCGGGAGCCCCUCCUUUUGAACUGCUGCUUUUUGCUCUGUCGAGGUGGUGUCCGACCCAUGGACCUGGUCUCUGUGACAACAAGCCCCGCUCCCUCCAACAACAGUCGUAGUGCGGCACCCAGGAGACUGUUUUCUUUCCUCUCUGUUGCCUGGGGCUUUGUGUCUGAUGUGGACAUAGAGAGUGAGAGGUAUCGUGGACUGGGCUCAGCCCGCUUCACCCUGGGUACCCUGGUGCGCAUAGCUUCUCUUCGAUCCUACAAGGGUCGCCUUUCCUACCUGCCGCCUUCUAUUGUCAGCACAUCACCAGAUGCCACACCCCCUCCACCAAGGAGACCUCUCUCCCGCAGUAUCACAGAAGGCCUUGAGGGCUUCUGCCGAAUGCCCAUCCACCGCACCUGCUCCGACAUGGGCAUCAGCGAACAGAGGAGCCUGCGUAGGGGCGAGGGAGAGAGGGAAAAAGAGGAGAGGCAGAGAGAAAGGGAGAGGAGAAGGGAGAGGGCCAGGGGAGGAGGAACUGGUGUGGUGAGGGCAAGCAGCUUGGCGGAGGACAGGGAGAGGGAGAGGGAGGGGGAGGUGGAGAUGGAGGCAGAAGAGGAGAGGUCAGGGACAUGCUCCGAGAGGUCGGGGACAAGUUCAGAAUCAAAUGAAAGGGACGAAUGCAAUAUGGGAAGGGAAGAAAGGUUGGCUGGGAUCAAGGAUGAAACGGAAGAUGAGGAAAGAGCGGAGCAAGACUCCAGUGAGAUGGAGGAGGAGGACAGGGGGAAGGAAGGGGAAAGCAGCGGCGGUUCUGCACAGGAGGAGGGAGCAUUACAUGCAAAAGAGCUUGGAGAGAGCUAUGGGGUAGACAUGGGGCGAGAGGCAGAUGAAGAAUCAGAGGGUUGUUUCUCUUACCAAGACCAGGCCAGACAGGCUCUAAGGAAAAAUUCAGCCCCUUCAAGCCAGAUAGCCAAUGUUCUCUUCAACCAGCGCCUCAGUAAGGAGGAAGACGCAGACUCUGGCACUUCAUACGGCGUAGAGGACAUGGAUCUGAAUGGAACCUAUGACCAGAAAGAGUCCUACCCACUGGACUUUGCUCGUGAGCGAGCUCUCACCAUCUCCUCUCCCUUUCGUCACUCUCCCUUCUCUUACAAGCCCAAGACCCUGGACCAAAACCAGAACGCCUCCAGGCCGAGGCCCCUUUCACUUCUCCAGCACUCCCACUCAAACUCUCUCCCCCCUAAACUCCCCUCCCUCUCUCUGUCUCUGUCUCCCACGCCACCCUCCUCCCCGUCUUGUGCCUCCCCACACUCUUCAUCCUACCUCGCCCCCCGUCCCAACACCCCAAACUCCACCUCACCCUCACCCUGUCUACGCACACCAUCCUCGUCUUUUAACUUUGACAUUGCCGAGCCAGCAGGACCCCUUAAGAACCGUCCUUUUGUCUCACUGCCUUUAAAUCUCCCUAGGGAUGACUUGUUACCUCCCCUCGACCAACCCCUCCCCACCAGAGACUGGGUCACCAUCGAAGGGGACUUUGUCCUGGUCCUGGCCCUUUAUCAGACCCACCUAGGGGCUGACCUCCAUGCUGCACCCCAGGCCAGGUUUGACGAUGGACUGAUCCACCUGACCUUUGUGCGGGCGGGGAUCUCUAGAGCCACUCUACUGAGAUUGUUCUUUGCCAUGGAGAGAGGAACACACCACUCCGUCAGCUCGCCAUAUGUGAGCCAUGUUACCUGCAGGGCCUUCAGGCUGCAGCCUCUGUCUGCACGAGGAACCCUCACUGUGGAUGGAGAACUGGUGCCGUACGGGCCGCUUCAAGCGCAGGUUCACCCUUCCAUGGCCCGUCUGAUCGUUGGCGACUCUGGAGUGAAGAUUACCAGAUUCUAAUCAGGGAUUGGUUGAGCUGAUUGACAGAUAGAGCACUCUACUGAAUUAUGUAAUCUCUGUUGCCAUCUAUACUCUGAGAGGGAGGGGGGGUGUAUUUGAAAGACUUAAAAUAGCCUAGAUUGCAGAAACUGCUUUUCUGGGGUUUAAUGAAAGGGAUAACCCACCGAGCCACGCAUCAUUGGAGCAUGACUGCAGGGAUUAAUAUUGAAUUUGAAAAUGGAUGAAAAAUGCGCCUCAUUGCACAGCUGUUGGAUUACGCUCAGCGUACCCUGAGAAGCAUGAAAACUGCACAGACUGGGAUAAUAAGAGGGAAGAACAAUCGAAUGUUUAUGGGAUUUUUUGUGCAGACAGUGCAUGUGUUGGAUGUAUACAUAGUAGUAUGCAUGCAGAGAAGCACUACCUGAUUUUUGCCUUACAGUGAGAUGGAGAGGAAUCUGAUUAAAUUCAGAGAAAGUUCUUAAACAUGAAAAGCUAUAAAAAUACAUGAGAUUCGCUCGGUCCAACUUGAUAAAUAAUUUUAAAAAUUGUCCCCAGCCCUCCAUCUUCAACCCCACGCCUGAUGUCUAAAUAUUUGGGUUUAAAAACUUCUGUCCCUGACAGGAGUGCCUUAUCUGACACUGGACAAUACAGUUGUACCUUUUCCCUUUCUAGGACAAGAAACCUGUCUCUAUCCACCUAUCAGAGUGUCCGUCCUCUACAUAAAAACAAAUAUGCUUAUAUUCUUAGACAUACUGGUGGACCCAUCUAGUCCUGGUCCUAGCACUAUGUUUGAGCACGCUUCUCUCCACUGCUUUAAGCCUCAGUGGAGAAAAUGUGGAGAAAAACACACUUUAAUAACCAUUUUGUUCACGCAAGUGAGUUGAUGUAGAGCAGUGAGAUCAAGCUUUUCAGGGUCAUUACAUAAAUAGGAGCAAUGGAACCGUUGAACGGUGACCAUUACUGACAUUUUUACAUAAUCUGCCUGUUUUUCUUAGCCAGUGGAUGCACGAUGAUGAUGUCAGUGAUAUCAGACUUUGCAACAUAUUGAACAUAAAAAUGUCUUAACAAAGCAAAGCUUCUUUGUUAGUGGUUUUAGACUGUUCAUCUUCAAGAAGUCUUUCAGAUUUACAACCAUUAGCCCUCAGCACUAUUUUAUGUCUACAGUAUAUCACUGUUUCUGAGUAGUCAUCUUUGGAAGUGUAUUUAGAGGGCAUUACAUGCCUCUGUUAAGUAGUAAGUAGUGCAGUUAUUUUGCACAAUAACUGGAGUUGGAGCAGCACAGAAAAUCACAACACUAGAAUGCACAGUAACUAGCUACAUCUAAAGAGUAACACAGUACUAGUAUUAAUAGACUAGUCCAGAUACCAUAGUAAAUGGAUCAUGUUACAUUCCUAGCCUGAAAUUGAUUAAAUGUUUCAAUUUGAACUCUUGUAGCUUCUGAAAGGUAGGCCUGACUGAUAACAAACUCAUUUAGAAACUAAAAUCCUGCUGCAGAAACAAACAAGGAAACAACACUAAAAUCCAGCAGCUCUGUGUUGUCGGAUCACUUUUGAUCAAGAGGUAAAUCAGGUGGAAGAAAAAGAAUUUGCACUGUGAGAAAUUAGCCAGCAGCAGAAUAAAUCUGUUUAUGUAAGAGACAG